AUGGCCUCCAACCUUGAAGCAAAAACUAAUGGAAUCUCAGCGAACAAUUUUGAUAUUGAGAUACCUGUGCAUGCAACUAAAGAAAGUAAUGAAAACGAGAGUAAUAUUAAUUACUUUCAAAGGGCACAGUGGCUUAGAGCAGCCAUGUUGGGAGCCAACGACGGAUUAAUCACUGUUGCCUCAAUGAUGAUUGGUAUCGGAGCAGUAAAAGAAGACAUCACUGUAAUGAUCCUUACUGGUUUUGCUGGUUUGGUAGCUGGUGCUUGUAGCAUGGGUAUUGGCGAGUUUGUCUCUGUUUAUACUCAAUACGACAUAGAGAUGGCUCAAAUGAAAAGAGAAAGAGAAGCUAAUAAUAACAAUAAUGGAGUAGUUGAUGAUGAAAGUACGGAAAGGGAGAAAUUGCCGAAUCCGUUUCAAGCCGCGUUGGCAUCGGCACUGGCAUUUUCUGUUGGUGCUGUUAUGCCAUUGCUAGCAGCUUCAUUUAUAAGGAAUCAUAAGAUGAGGAUGGGUGUUGUUGGUGCUGUUGUUAGCAUGGCACUGUUGGUGUUUGGAGGAGUUGGAGCAUUGGUUGGAAAAACACCAGUGAUGAGGUCUUGUGUUAGGGUUCUUAUUGGUGGUUGGAUGGCUAUGGCCAUUACAUUUGGUUUCACCAAAUUGAUUGGCAGAACUGGACUUUGA